UACUUGAUACUUUCCUCACUCAACUCACUAUAAACAAACCAAAAACUACAUUCCAAUCUGAAUUUACAUUUCAUUUCAUUUCAUUUCAUUUCUUUGAAGUGAGCACUCCACAAUUCCACCAUUAUUGAAUACUUUGACUUGGCCCUGCAACACGACAAACAGAAACACAUAACGAAGUAAAGUCACACCUUCCUCCCCCCUUCCCCCACUCCCAUCCCGCGUGUGUGUAUCCUAUAUUUCAAUUAUUCAAAUCCAAACAAUAUAUAACCAUCGUUCACCCCAAUUCAUUCUCAAAAUCUUCAUACAUAACAUAGGUUUCAUCUCAUCAGACAGCUUCAUCAUCACAAUCACACUCUUUACAGCUAUAACCUUAACAACCAACCUAGCUUCUGUUCUUCCUCAAUCCAAUCAGGUUUGAUGUGUAAAGUUUCGAAAAGUAAAUUUGGUAUCAUGGAGGGAGAAAUAAAGUUUCAAGAAAAACAAAUCGGGGCUUUCUUAAACUCCUCGAGCUUACUAGAAUUAGCAGCUACAGAUGAUGUUUUUCGGCUCCAGUACGAGGUGGAAACCAACGGUACGAGGUUAGACGAUGUCGGUUUGUGGUACGGAAGAAAAAACGGGUGUAAAACGAAGAUGGGGUUGGAAAAACGGACUCCGUUAAUGAUUGCUUCCGUGUACGGAAGCACAAACGUCGUGAAAUAUAUAAUCGGUUCGGGAAAAGCCGAUGUGAACAAAGUGUCGGACUCUGAUGGCGCAACUGCACUCCACUGUGUUGCGGCUGGCGGGUCUUCUUCGUCCGUCGAAACGGUGAAGUUGUUACUCGAGGCUUGUGCGGAUCCGAAUUUAACAGACGCUAACGGGAACAAACCGGUGGAUUUGAUUGCUCGAGGCGUGAAAUCGGCGAAGCGGAAGGCGUUGGAGAUGCUUUUGAAAGGUUUGUUGAUAAACGAAGCCGAAAUUGAAGAAGCGGAAGUUGUUACGGCGAAAAAGGAAUAUCCGGUUGACGUAUCGUUACCGGAUAUUAACGAGGGUGUUUAUGGUACCGAUGAGUUUCGGAUGUAUAUGUUUAAGGUGAAACCGUGUUCUCGGGCUUAUUCUCAUGACUGGACGGAGUGCCCGUUUGUUCAUCCGGGCGAGAACGCGAGGCGGCGUGAUCCGAGGAAGCAUCAGUAUACGUGUGUCCCGUGUCCGGAGUUUCGUAAAGGAAGCUGCGUGAAAGGAGAUUUAUGCGAGUUUGCGCACGGGGUGUUUGAGUCUUGGCUUCACCCUGCGCAAUACAGGACGCGUUUAUGUAAAGAUGAAACUGGGUGUGCGCGAAAAGUUUGUUUUUUCGCGCACAAGGUUGAGGAAUUAAGACCUUUGUAUGCGUCUACCGGGUCAGCUGUUCCAUCGCCAAAAGCGGGUUCUGUUGGGCCGAUUGAAAUGGGUUCGAUGAGUCCGUUAGGUGUCGGUUCAACUCCGCCGAUGUCACCUAACGGGAAUAUGUGGCAGAACAAAUUUGUUAAUGUAACGCCACCCGCGUUACAGCUUCCGGGUAGCCGUUUGAAGACGUCUUUAAACGCUAGAGAUUUAGAGAUGGAACUUGAGUUGCUACAAAGGCAGCAAAUGAUUGAUAAUUUAUCCACUAAUCUUUACAACAACAGAUUUGGGGAAAUAAAUCCCACUAAUCUGGAUGAUGUUUACGGUUCGCCUUCUCGGCAACAAAUUCGGCAGAACUCUAACCCGCUUAGAUCAAGUUUCGGGUUUGAUUCAUCGGCUGCAGUAGCACAAGCGGUGAUGAACUCGAGGUCCGGUUCGUUCGCAAAACAACGUAGCCAGAGUUUCAUUGACCGUGGCGUCGGGACCAACCCAAGUCUCCGGUCAAUGAGUCAAUCUUCCACUUAUUCCGAAUGGGGUUCGCCUGAUGGGAAACUGGAUUGGGGGUUCAACAGUGAGGAUGCUAACAAGCUUAGAAAGUCCGCAUCUUUCGGGUUCAGAAGUGGGAAUUCGGGUUCACCCAUGAAGGCAAAUCAUGAGCCGGAUGAUUUGUGGGCUGGCGCCGGGCUGUAUAGUUCGUCUGAGACGGUUCCCCAGUGGGUUGAGCAGAUGUACACCGAGCAAGAAAAACUGAUGGCAUGAGAUCAAAAGUUUCAUUGAUUUUUUUAUAAUUUUUUUAUUUUUACGUAUAUUUCAUUGUAGUAUCAGAGCAGGAUGACGACGAUUCUUGUUUUAACGUAGAACAAGAAGACGUCAAAGUUUAUUUCUUUGAAUAAUUCAAUGUAAUUUGAUGAUCAAUUAAUCUGAUAUCAUAGUUUUUUUUUUUUUUUU